GUCUCGACACGAAAACUCAUCAGCCGAGCUUCCUCGGCUGCCACGACACACGACACGACAGAGAGAAAAAGAGAAAGGAAGAGAGGGAAAAAGAAAGAAAGGAAGAGAAACAGAGAAAGAGAGAAGGACGAGAAGUCAGAGAGAAGGGAAAGAGAGAGAGAAAGAAAGAGAGGAGAGAGUAUAUUUUUCGAGUAUAUUCCAGGCAUUUUCCGGAAUAUUUCGCCGACUAGGGAUUGACAUUUUUGAGUUUAACCCGUGUCGUAUCGCCUACUCAGGAUGUUGCAGCAGAUCCUCCCGCUCGUCCUACUACUCGUGGCUGCGCAGGGCUUGUUGGCUCAGAAACAACAGCAAGAGGACCCUUGCCAGACGAAGUCGCGAGUGGUGGGCGACAUCGAAUAUUGCGAUCGCUACUGGGAAUGCGUGAACGGUCGCCCCGAGCUCUUCGACUGUCCGAACGGUCUCGUGUUCGCCGGCAAACAUCGCGGCGUCACCGAGGGUUGCGAUUAUCCCUGGAGGGCGAACUACUGCGACGGUAAACGCCAGGCGAAUCCGCCGAUCCAGACCGACCAUUGCGACUGGCUGUACGGUAUCUUCGGCCAUGAGACCUCCUGCACCAGGUACUGGACCUGCUGGAACGGCACCGCCACCGAGCAGCUGUGUAUAGGUGGCCUGCUCUACAACGAGCGCGCAAGAUCCUGCGACUGGCCCGAGAACGUCGAGGGAUGCCAGAAGCACCCUCUCUGCAACGACGACGCCAACGGCAACGUGCCUCUUGGUAAGUCGUGCAACCGGUACUGGCAAUGUCAGGGCGGCUACCCGCGCCUGCAACGUUGCCCGGCCAUGCUGGUGUUCGACAGGAGAUCCCUGAGGUGCGUCGUCCCGCCGACGGAGGACUGCGACGUGCCGACGACGCCGCCGCCGACCGAGGGCGAGUUGUCCGAUGGUCGUAACGAGCAGGAGCCCGAGGAGGAGAACCUGCCACCGGGCGUGCCACCUUUGCCGGCAGGCGCGCUGCCGAUUUCUCUGCGAGCGCGCACUAGAAAUUAGAAGUCACGUCGUGGUCGGAAGGACGAAGGAAGCGACAAGUGCUCUCCUCGACGAGCGAGGUCCUGCGGUACCGAGCUCGUCAUUCGUCGUAACUCGAUCGGUCCGCAGAAUUCUCGAAAUUCUCUCGCCGAGUCUCCUCUGAGAUUCCCCUUCCCGCAGAUUCGAAGUCCUCGUAGUAGUUCCCCGAAGAAUCGAGUGCCCUCAGCUUCUCUUAAUCCUGACGUUUUCCCGAAUGCAAUUGUCCAGAAUAAUCCGAAUAGUCAGACUCCCGCGAUUGUCGAGAAAACUCGUGUAAGACGCGCAUGGCUUUCUCAUUUCUUCCAGUUUGAAACCUCGCAGCGACGUUAUCGUCGAAGAUAAAGUUAAUGAGAAAAGACGUGAAACUGAACGGAGGUAAGGAACUGCAAAGGCUAGAAGAGCUGGCUGUUCAACGAGUAAUUCCCACUGCCAACGACCGAGACUCGUCGACAUCGACCGAUCGAGCUCUCUCCUCCCUCCCCCGCGAACGGAGACUCGUAUAAUCGAUUAGUAAUAACAUUAAUUAUGAACAUCUCGUCGUUCGGUCGCAGGACCGUCCUCCAAUCGCCUCUGUCACUUCGGUCGAGAUGUAAAUAUUUUCCCCAACCCUUUCAUUGUGUGUCCCUUUUCUCUCUCUCUCUUUCUCUUUCUUUCCUGUCCUCUCCUUUCUCUCAUUUUCUCUCCCCCAUCACGCUCUUAAUCGUAAGUUGUAUACGUAGAUCGAUCGAAAGGAAUUGUACGUUGUAUAUUUUUUUAUACGCGUGUCCAGAUUUUAUUCGAUGUUGCCUGGCUGUACAUUGUUACACUCUAUUUAUCAUAAAUAUACAUUUUAUAUAUGUAUUACAUAUAUAUCGUAUUAUAUAAAUACACUAUAUGUACUACAUAUCGUACUCGCU